UCCCCUCCCCCUGUCCGUUUAGCGGAGUCGAGAGUUGCUUGGGGUGUGUGAUCUCUGUGCAACGCUUUGCUGCAGGCACCGACUCCUGCUGAAAGGAAAAGGCCGUGAAAGAGCAGCCAGCCAUGGGCGUAGAAGCUUGGUACAUGGACGACUCGGACGAUGACCAGCGCAAGCCGCACAAGAGGCAGCCCAACGUCGCGGUGACACUGGAGGAACUGGAGAAACACGGCAUCUUGUACUGGAAGUUGGAUCCUAAUAAAUUUGAGGAUGACCUGGAGCUGCAGAAGAUCCGUAAAGAGCGGAAUUACACCUGGAUGGAUAUAGUAAAUAUACACAAAGACACAAUGCCAAACUAUGAGGAAAAAGUCAAGUCCUUUUACCAGGAACACAUUCACCUAGAUGAAGAGAUUCGUUACAUCCUAGCAGGGAGUGGAUACUUUGAUGUACGAGAUAAGGAUGACAAAUGGAUCCGAAUUGCCAUGAAGGAGGGAGAUAUGAUAACUCUUCCUGCGGGCAUCUAUCAUCGAUUCACGCUGGAUGAGAAUAAUUAUGUGAAAGCUAUGAGACUGUUUGUUGGAGAACCAGUUUGGACUCCAUAUUAUCGCCCAGCUGAUGAAUUUGAAGCCCGCAAGAAAUACAUUCAAUUUCUUAAUGAAAGACUGUGAAUUCUACAUGGUGGCAGCAAAAUACAUGUCUUUUUGUAAUUUCAAAUCAUGCAAUUCAACAAUAACUGUAAAGAACUUUUUACUGGAACUUAUUUUGAUGUUUUUCAGGCAGCACUGAUAGGUCCUUAACACUAAUGAGCUCAGAAAUUUAAACUUCAGGACAGAAGAAAUAAUAACUGGCUUUGUUAAAAAUUAACUGUGGGGGGGAAAAAAGCUUCAUAAUAUUUCACUGUGAGUCCAGCUUGUUUUGUUUAGUAUAUUUCAUAUUUGCCUUGAUUUUAUUUUGAGUGUUCUACAUUGGUAAAUUUGGAGUGUCUUUUUCAAUAUAUUGACUUAUUAUCAGCAACCGCUACAUUUUCAAUAACAAUAGGUAUUAUAGAAUGACAUUGAUAGGAUGCUAGUUCAAACCUCACUAUGCCAAUUGUGAAUUUGAAUUCUGCCAAUAAAAUAAAUCAGAAAUAAAAA